AUGUUUUCACCACACACCACUACAAAUCUUACAACUUACCAAGACCCUAAUCACAUGCCAGGGUAAGCUUGUAACUUUUUUUAAGUGUAUUCAAUUUGAGGGCUCCUGAUAAUUUGAAAAUACCCGAAAGUCGGUAAGAAACAACCUACUUUAGUCCGAAAUUGGUUAAACUUCGAUAUAGUUUCAUCAAGUUUUGACGUCUCUUAAUAUAGCUUUGAUAUCACGUACUUCAAAAAUAAUGUCGAAACUUACCUGCAGGAAAAUAUUUCUGAAGGUAAUGACUAAUAAGAUCUAAUAACGGGCAAAAAAGUUAAUCCUUUCAAUCUUUUGAAAUUGUUACUAUCUUACUGCCGGAACGUACAACAUUACAACAUUCCUGCACCAAAAAUAAUUUUCCUUUUCAUCAUUUUUAGUUCAGGAAUAUUCUUAUGUUGCCAAGCCUUUUAAAUCCGCCUUUCAGGAUAGAUUGCUUCCUAUCAAAAUAUUGAUCACUUUAAUCAUCAAGUUGCCUCAUGAUUCUAUAAUUUAAUGCAAGCACAUUUUUCUGUUUUGUUUAGAUAUGCAGGUUACUGCCCUCGAGCAAAAUUCGUGUAUCAUGGUGACACAUUUGGUAACACCACUGCCAAAUGCUUUCAGGACAGACGCAAAACGAAGCUAAGUACCAGCAUCACGCAUGAUCCAGGAAUCACCGCAGAUGGACAGCACAGAUUUCCCACAGUUUACUCAAACACGCCUGACCUUGUUCUGUCAGCCAGGGCAAGAACCAGGGAACGUUGGCGCAAUGCUAAAAAAUAUUCUCUUUUCAAUGAACACCAAAGAGGAAGAGAAGUACAAGAAUUUGACAAGGUAUUGUUGCUGCCGCAGCUCACCUCGGUUGAUAAUACGAACAGGCACAGCUUAAAUACGUAUUUGAGGUUUGAACAAUGAAAUAAACUGCCUGCACUCUUUACAAGAAAAUAAAAGUAUUCAGAGACCGUUAAGCAGCUGGGUUGACGAUAUAUUUGUAAGAAGGAGGCGGAACAAUUUCACCACAAACGAUCUCAGAAGAUGGUCUAGCCGGCGGAGGACUGCGGACGACUAACAACAAUAAUUCUAUUGACGAGAUCAAGCAAAACUAACUACGAGAGAACGACUGGAGAACUGACAAUUUGACUAACAACAGACGACUGUUUAACUGUGACAAUAGACGGAUCGAAAAGCACCAAUUACUGAUUACGAGUCUUCAUAGCCAAUAACAUCACGGCUUAACUGCAGACGACCAAUAACAUCGCGACGUAAUUGACCAAUCAGAUCAAUAACCAGAGUAUAAUACCAUCAACUGACGUGUUACAACUCACUUUGACUCUGAAGAUGACUACCGCACAGGUUGUCGAAACGUCAGUCACUGUCAACAACAACAGUCCUAUUCAGGACUACAUUUACCCGGACGAUCAAGCUCAACCUACUUUUGAAACAAUAAUUCUUUCAGGAAGGGCGGGGUUACCAUAUUUCCAUGUUAAUAGGGAAAACGUCAAAAUUACUUGCUAUGCUUUUACCAAUCCGUCGCACUAGCUAUGUUUGCCAAUAUGGCGGGAACGUUGACCGGAUUUAACAACUUUUACUGUUAAACUAUGCUUUUUUUACUUGAGUUUUUAAAUAACUGAUGCCUCAUUUUGAACUCAUUAAGCUUUCACAGAAUCAUCGCAAUCAUUACAUGGAUAGAACAGGAACAGUUCAAAGGGUGGAGCGAUUUGUUAUGCCACGGAAAGAACCGAUAGUUGCACGAGGGUGAGUUGAGAUAACGAGAAAGAUUUGUUACCAUAGCCUGUUCACAAACCCUCUAUUUUUGAGAUCCCCGAGCACUAUUAUGGAAAUGAAAGCCGUCUGUGGACAAAUCUGUGGACAGGCUAGUGUUAAGCAGACGCUAUAUAAAGCAGACACCUAGUUUCAGACGUCUUCCCAUUCCUUUUUGGUCAAGUGAAUGCAUUUUUCGGUGACGUUGCCGUCACAAACUUGAUGGAACCACGUAACCCAAAGCACAUACGCCGUGUAGAAUAAUGAAGCCCCCCGGAGGACUACGCAAUAUUAAGCGAACAUUAAUAAAGGUCCAAGGGUGACCGUGGUAAAACAGGUUUCUCAGUACUUAUUGUUUGCGAGGGAGGAUAAACAGAUUGUCUCACAAACAUGUUUGUGAGACCUCACUGAUUUGAAGUAGCGCAAGUCACGGUUUUACUUUGCUGUAUUCUUAUUGUUGGUAGAACGAACUCCGCAGAAAACUCCAGCCUUCUUAGAAAAGACUUCAAGAUAAAAUGUCCCAUCAGUGGUAUAUUUGUAUCAGAAGAGGACAAGGACUUCAGAUCCCAUCACAAUCACCCUUUUAAAAUGAGUCCCCCUUCAACAUGUACCUGGAGGGACCGUGCCUUGAGGGAUAUCUACUUUGAGAAGAGAUAG